AUGGAUGCAAGAACGCUUCUUGAGGGCUAUUUACGAAAAGCUGUCCAUCCGAAUAAUCAUGACCUGGACGUGUCGGCAAUCGAUCAGUUCUGCUUGACGCUGAAAAAAGACCCCUCGAAGAUGUCUAUCGCACGUGAGCUGCUCGUUAACCGGAUACAGUCCACCAACACCAAGGAAUCUUUGCUCGCACUGGAGGCCCUGGAAGAAUGCAUGGAUUCGCUGGGACGGGAGUUUAGGUCCGAGAUCAACAAGUUUCGUUUCCUCAACGAACUGAUAAAGAUGGUAUCGAAAAAGUACAACGGUGACCAAACACCGCGAGAGGUGUCCGAACGAAUUUUAAAUAUUCUUCUCACCUGGACCAACAAAUACGAUCCAUGCGAUUGCGACAAAAUACAGGAAGCGUAUAACCUUCUAGCGACGCAGGGUAUUCAGCACCGGUCGCAACAGAACGUCAUCCUACGCGGUCCGGCCACACGCAAUAUGGACGAACGCAGCCAGGCCCUGGACAAAGAGCAGCAGAAACUGCGGCAGCUGAUCAGCAGCGGUAAACCGGAAAAUUUCGAAAAGGCCAACCUGCUGAUACAAAACCUGUACCGCGAUGAGGAACGGCGCACGCAAAUGAAGAGCCGACGACUGUCCGAGCUGCAAAAGGUGGCCGAAAACACGAAGCUUCUCGACGAAAUGCUCGACCAGUACCGACCGGGGGAGACGUCCGACGACGAGCUGGCGGUGUUGAACGAGAUUUACGAGUCGUGCGAAAGCGCCCAUCCUACUAUCGUCCGGUUAGCAGAGGAAACGCAGCACAGCGAGGAAAUGCUCGUUCAGUCUCUUGAGAGCGGAUGCAAAAAUGUAGGAAAGUUCUGGAGUUUAGCUAGUGAAUUUGAGAAAAUAUUCGAGGUGAACGAUGCGCUCACGCAGGCAUUGGAUAAGUACCGUGCGAAGAUACUAAACCAGGAACCUGCAGAAAGGGCACCGUUGGCACGAGGUACAGAGUCCACGCCGAUGCCAGCUUGCAGAUAUACCCCCAACAUCAUCCACGAGGAUCCUCUCGAUAGCCUAUUCGAUGUAUCGAGCGAUGUGGCUAGCGGAGGACAUACCUCAGAGCCACGAUCUACUCUUGACGAUUUGAGUGAUAUAUUUUCGUCAUCAGGCACCAACGGAAUUGUAGCCGCAAACGCCACGGGGGCUUCCGGUGGUAUUCUACUUCCGGAAACGAUCUCCACACCAAAGUCAACAGUCAACGGAUCAAAAGGCAACGAAUUUAAACCCAAAGACAACUUGAUGGAUUUAAAUUCCCUUCUCAACAGCAUUAAGAACAACAGCGCGCCAACGAUUGGUGCGAAAACUGCUCCUAAGUCCAAUAAUACUGAAGGAUUCAAAAAGGUAUCUUUGGCAUCUGCACAGAACGGUUCCGGGAGUAGCUCUGGGGCUGGCGUGCCAACCGGUAAAUCUAUUCCAGAACUAGACUCCAUCAUAAGCGGCAUGAAGGCGACACUGCUUUCAAAUGCAAUAGCAGCGGCGGUACCGGUAGAGGUUCAUCAACCCGCAGUCGAACAACCGGAAACCAAUAGUGGUGCCGGUUCAGAGGAGGACGAUCCCAUUUUGACGCCACCGACCACAACAACUCAAGCAUCCUCGGCAAAUCCAACUCCACAGCAGCGAAUUUCGAACAUCGGCGAUAAUUCGGUGAGCGGGGAUGGCGCCGGAAAACCCGAAUUCAAAGCCCUCGCAGAUAUCACUAUCGAUCUGGAUUGCAUUUUGCCAAGCCGAGAACCAUCGCGGACGGUAUUGGACGAUAAAGAUGGUUUGCAAAUAACGCUCAACUUCGCAGCAGACCAUCCCCGACCAGACGUGACGGUCAUCGUGAUUUCGACCAUCAAUCAGGGUCGUACCGCUAUUCCCAGCUUUCAGUUCGACGCUAGCGUUCGCAAACCGUGCAAACUGCGGUUGCUACCUCCUUCAGCAACCUGCCUUCCGGGGACGAAACCGUUUCGACCUCCGGCUGACGGUAUCACGCAGGUGUUACUGCUAGCGAAUCCGGCGGGCGAACCCGUCGACCUUACAUGCAUCCUAACGUACCUGGUGGGCGACGAUCCGGAUCCGAUCAAGGAGUCGAUCGUCAUGCGAGCAGUACCAUCGGUGCGGGAGUGAAUCUCGUCAGCAAGGGGACAAACAUGGCCAGCAUUUCAGAACCUGUGAUUGAGAAGGAGGACCGAUUGCGCGAGAAUGGGGAAAGCGUGCGCUGGGAGGCAUUUUACUUCAGAACGAAAUACAUCUCCAGGUACAGCUGAAACUAUGAAGCAGCUUUUCUUCCUUAAGAUCCCUAGCGAUAAGUAAAGCGAAGCGAAAAUCAAACAUGGCUUCCGCGUGCCCAAGUGCGGAGUCAAUAAUAGAACGGAAUAAAUAUAAUACU